AUUGAAACGUGACCAAAAAUGGGUGAAUUUACUGGGGUGCUGUUUGCAAUAUUUGUUCUAGCGGGAAUCUCACCACAACAAGAGUGCAGUCCACUGUUCUUUUAUCCUCGUCCAGCACAACGGACAUCAUCCAGUGGGUCAGCAUCUUCGCCCGUUUCCACACCAGAUCAGCUUUCCAACGUUUCGAUAGCGUUGGGAAAUAGUAUCAACACCAGUACCGGCUUGGACGACUACGGAACCCGCGUUGAUGGAAUUACCGUCAAUGUGGUCAGACGACGUCGUCGUGAUAUUUGGAGCAUUCCCUCGAUUCUUGGUCCGAACAGUCCGAACGGGUCAUACAUUGCGAUCAACAACCAGAUUAUCCCAUUGCCGGACAAUCUGUCCAAUGUGUCACUAAACAUUGGACCUCUGCCCAAUCCUCAGCAGAUCCUCAACAUCUCGCAACCUUCUUCUGCCUCAUUUCUGCCAACUAUACCGGAGAACUACACCAAUGCUUUCCAGUCGCUGGUGACCGGGUUUGAGACAUUACCACUCGAUUUCAUGGACAACAUCGUUCGAAUGCUCUCAGCCGGCUAUCAGAACUCAUUCGGUCAGCUUUUUCUCGAACAAAGCUUUGAACGGCUAAACCAAACGCUCGAAUACGGCGGUACGGUCGUACGGAAUGGACUCCACAGUCUUGUCAACCAAACUGGACAAGGUUUUGAGCAGAUCAUCGCCAGCUUCAACGGUUCAUCAUCAGCAGUUCAACGGUGCAUCGGUAACAAUUUGAACCCUACGAGCGUGGCUAGAUCCGUCGUGGACAAAGGUUACAACUGCGUCAACCGCAAGUGGCAGGAACUGAAGGAACUGGCGGGAAACAUCGGUGAAGACAUUGUCGCUACGGAUAAAGGUGCCUCCGAAUUUCUCGCUAAUCUAACUACCUGCAAUGGGGCUAACUUUAAUGCUACCAACAACCUGUCGACAUCCCAACAGAACACACUACGCCGUCAGUGCUACGUGCGUACUAUCGUCUCCUUUCCACAGCCCCUUCUCUUCUUGCCAGUUUCGCUCGCAAUCGAUGGCACAAAGUUGUACGCUUCCGUUUCCGGAUUGGAGGCGGACCUAGCGGCAUGUACUGCUGAGGUUGCGCUCGAGAUCGGCAUGACAACCGCACAGAUCAGCACGAAGAUUGUGUUGUGUCAAAUAUUCUCCUAAACUCCGACGAACGGUGAUGAUGGUGAUCUCUCAGAAUGCUUGAAUAAAUCACUAACUUUGAAACCAAUUCUGCCAAUGAAGGUUAUUGAUAUUGGAAAUAGUCCCAAUUGCGGUCUGCAGAUGUACCAAACUUACCCAGCCUGAGUUCUCCGAAGUUGCCACAGCCGAUCUUUUUGCCAACGCGGAAGUUUGGGCCCACCAUCAGGACGCCGGAGGACGAGCUGACCGAAUGCCGUGCCGAAUACAUACUGCUGCCGCCUCGUGCACCACCGCCGCCGCCUCCACCGCCACCUCCUCCGCCUCCUCC